AUGACCAAGUUGGCGUGGAUGGUGCAGGGUCAAAACUUGGAGACGUCUCGCAACGCUCGAUCCAAUGAUAAUGCGCGUAUGACAUGUACGAAGAGCACCGGUAGGGGCAAACUGGGUAGCAUCGGACGCGGUGAAGUCACAAUUGGCCAGGCACACCAGCCAGAAACAACAGCGCUCUUUGAGGGGGGCUCGUCGAAGCGCCAGCAGCGUCCGAUCCUGCACAGUGGCAGAAUAGUGCUGCGGGGAUGUACACACCGUCGUCAGGCCAGUUUUGACCAGGCGUGUGAGCGUUAAUGCGGCCUUGCUGUGUGGAAUAGGCUGCUGAUUGCCUGCACGAACUUGUAUCGUUCUCGAGGGACUUCUCUUCUGCAUUUAGCGACUCGUGGAAGGCGAGAAUGGUGAUCAUUGCAUUGUCAGGCCGGUGAAUAACGAUGAGAUGAACGAUUCGCUCGAAGUCUUGGCGACUGAUGAGGUCCACAACGGCGCAGACGAUGUCAAACGAGAGCAGUGCCACUAGCAGACUUAGUGAGCAGAUCGGCGAUCGUCUGCGUGCUCAGAAGGCGGCCAAAUUGGCAGUUGAAGGAGAUAGCGAUUGGAUCCCACGAGAAGAACGAGAACGGACCCUGGCACAAGAAUGUCCAUAUGGAUGACGACCGCUGGUUGCAUCCUACAUACGUUACGUGAAGACGACGAGCUGCCCAGCAUGCGCGUCGUGCCUGUCAACCGUAUUCGUCGAAUAUGCCUACAGAGCACAAGUUCUCUUGCUAAGAAGCUCCAAGCCCGCCUCCCGGCCGCAAAGACUGAUAUGGAGUAGAAAUUAAAGGCUUCACGUCGUGGACUUAUCGUCAAAUGGGUUAUGAAGCUUCUAUCUGUGGGACGAUUGGAUUCAGUGGCAUGCAGUUCGCACAGAGCUUAUAGACACUCUGUCCCUGGGCCACUACUGGCCGUGCGAUGCCUCCACGUGAGCUUCGUUGACGUUGCAGCGGAUCUGUUGAUGAAAGUCGAUCGUCUUGUGGAGUCGACGAAGUAGAAACAACUUGCUUGGCACUGCGAACGCUGGGCCAAUUGUGUCGCUUGGUUAUUGUAAUGAAUAGAGCCGAAUGAAUUCAAGAUGCCGACAACAUGCAUUGAUGAUAAAUUACUGGAGGAUCACCUGUACUAGAUGGACUGGAUCUAUAGUGUGGCCACCGGCAGUGACGGUAUUAAAAGUCUUUCCGAACUUUGGUCAUAGAGCGCCAAUGCGUCGUCAGGGCUUCCCCGCAAAUGUAUGGAGACCUCCAGUUUAGCGUUGACGAGAGCGUUCGCGCGCGUUUGGAGUGGCAUCCCUUCUAUUGCUCAAUUGUAGCGACAUUUUUGGCGUCAUGAACCAGCGUCGGGGACUCAUGACGUAGACUGCUGGAAAGGGGAGGCUCAGCGCUGCAACAUUGAUAUUUUGGAGGGACAAGUUACCAGCUACCGCAGCAAGGUCUCUUAUUCAGCGAUGAACAUCGAGAACGUGAAUGAUACUCUGGGUUUACGAACAUGGCAACGAAUAACAUCUUCAGAAAGAAAUACAAGCUGCGUAUUUGUGGCACAACGCAAGGACGUGACAGUCUGUCGAACGCAUGGGCAGCAACAACCCAAGAACUUCACGUUACUACAGUCAAGAGAAGCAACACGUCGGCCUUUGUGUCCGAUAAUACGAAUUGAAUGAGGCGUUGCUUCAUAAACUGUAGUGAAGAGAAACACUGGAUGCCUUUGCGUUCCCAGUUCAUACAUUAUCUAAGCUUCAAUAUCUUAACGUCAACA